CACUGUCAAAUGAUAAACAGUUCGAUUUUAUGUGGGUUUCUUCUAGCUCGAUUUUCUGCUUUUAAUUAAUUUUAUGGACAAAAAAUGUACAAAAAAGAUUAAUUUGCAACAAUGAUGCAACAUCAAUACUGGGUAACUAAAAAGACUGUGUUGAAAAAGCUAGGAACCAAAGAAGACGAAUGUAUAGUUUCGUCUGACGCCGAACUCGACGCUAAAUUGGAAUUAUUUCGAUCAAUAUCGGACAGCUGCUUGCAAUUACAACGUAUUUUGGAUCAGUAUCAAGAAAGACUGUGUAUUUUAGCUCAGGAAGAGAAUUCUUUAGGGAAAUUUUUGCGCGAUGCGGGGAAGAACACUGACGCGUCUGGGAAACACAUGAUAUCAGCGGGUAAAGCUAUAUCAUAUUCUGGUCAACAGCGGUUGUCGGUGCGGGGCCCGCUGUUGAGACUUUAUCAUGAAGUGGAGACGUUUAGAGGGCGUGCUGUGAGUGAUAUGCGGGCAACGGUGUCGGCUAUGGAGAAAGCGAGGCUCGAGUAUCGCGCGGCGCUGAGCUGGAUGAAGUCUACGAGCGCGCAACUCGAUCCGGACACGGGACGUGGCCUUGAUAACUUCCGAAAGGCACAGCGACAAGUGCGCGAGAGUAAAAAAAUAUUUGAUAAAUUGACACUUGAUGUUUUACAAAAGAUUGACCUACUAGCAGCAGCAAGAUGUAACAUGUUCUCUCACGCUUUAACCAACUAUCAGAGCUCAUUCUUAACCUUUGCAACCAAAGUGGCUCAGACUUUAGAUGCCACUGCAGAUACAAUGAAUGCUGCUCCACAGUAUGAGUUCUGUAUAUUGAAGGAGCUUUCACAAAGUUUAGGAGAGGCUGAGUCAAAGAGUGUUGUGGCUCAGGACAAAGACCAAAUGUUGUUUUUCCAGGAUGAAUUCAAAGAUGAAAAUUCAGACAAUAACAAACAACAUCCUGAGGCACUGAAAGCUGAAAAUGAGCAAACUGACAACAAAGAAGAGGCCACAACAUCAGUUAAUCUCAUUGAUACCAGUUCAGAAUCAGCUACAGUGGGUGAUGGAUCAGAAACAUUGUCUGAUUUGGCUGGUAUUCGUCUGGAUUGUGGUGACAUGCCAGCUAAUUUCGGCUCUUUUAUGCCAUCACAAUUGCUACUAGAUCUGAAUUCGUCACAACUACAUCAAGGUCAAUUGGCGCCAAUGAGCACCAACAAUAACCAACCUCCAAAGUCUCCUGAACCAAUGCCGAAGCCAAAAGCUCCUGCACCUAAAAAAGAUGAUAAGGCAGCUUGGUUCAAAUUGUUUGCUGAACUUGAUCCUCUUGCCAAUCCGGACAGUCUGCCUGGGUCCAACACCAACCAAAGUCAUGCUGCUUGAGUUAAAUACUUCGAAAUUGUUUUCAUGUACGCAGUGAACAUCCACACAAGCAUUUAACAUUUAUGUUUGAAAAUUAUUUUCUAAUGUAUCUAUCUAUAUUAGUAUAUAAAGCUGAAUAGUUUGUUUGUGUGUUCGUUUGAAUGUGCUAAUCUCACGAACUACUUAAAGCUGAUUUCGAAAUUUUACGGAAAAUAUAUAACUACUGAGUGCUACAGGCUACUUUUUUUCCUAGGAAAAUAUUAAGUAGGACUUUUAUCCUGGAAAAACUUUUUCACACGGGUGGAGCCGCAAGCAAAGCUGGUCUUUAAAUAAAAUAAUACUAAACUUUUAAAACCAUCCUCAAUUUAAGACUUUCAACAAUGUUCAAGAAUUAAUGAGUGUGUGGAUUAAACCUUAGUUUUUGAAGAUGUCUAUAGUCUUCCAUUAGGAAGCUUCUCUAGAAUUAUUAAUUAGAUGGAAUUCGUUCAACAGCAUUAGAGUUGAGUAUUAUAAUUUUUUCUUAUGUUAUAAUAUUGAUUAUUUUUAACAUAAUUUAAGAUACUGGUGUAACAAAACCAUAUUUAACCAGUGACUAUAUUUUAAAUAAUUUUAUGUUGCCGUACUUUGUGUGUCUCCAUAUUUGUAAGUUAAGAGUCCAAUCAAUAUUGUAUUCCGAAUUAUUCCCAAAGUAAUGAUGGCAUCCUUGUGCUAAGAAAAGGCCAAUUAUAAAUAUAACAUUUAGUAAGUCUUGUCAUGACUUCAAUCAUCAUAUUAUUUACUUCAUUCUGAUAACGAAGUUGCAAAUUUAUGUGAAAAUAAGUACCAACAUAAAACUAUUUUACUGUGAUUUUUAGUAUCAUUAUUUUCUCGUAUUUUUAAUUUUGUGAGAAAAUAUAUACAUACAACAUACACAACCAUGAUAAAAUUUGUAGAAUAGUUUUAUUUCAAUGUCUAACAUUCGCGUAAACAUGAGGAAUUAUAAAUAACGCACUUUCCUCAACAUAAGGAUUCUUUAACAUAGUCAUUGUAACACUGGCUCUGACAGAGCAGAUUAAAGCCCAUUAAAAAAAUUGCAAUAGAAUAAGGUAUUAAUGCUAAUUAGGUUGACUGCACUCAGAUUAAUUUUGUAACAAUGUUGUGUGUUUAGAAAUGUUCUAGUCUCUUUAUCAGCUGUGUGAACCAGGUGUAAAAAAAUAUUUUCCCACUUAUCUCUUCUAAUAUUAUAAAGGUGAAGAGUUUUUGAACGCACUAAUCUCAGGAAUUAUUGAAUUAAUUUUGAAAAGCUUUUCACUUUUAGGAAACUCCAUUUUGAAUGCUAGAGGCUACUUUUAUCUCAGGAAAAUAUUUAUCCCGGUAAAACUUUCUCACAUUGGCAGAGCCGCAGGUAAAAGCUAUUAAUUUAUAAACAGCUAUUAUGUAUCCUGUCAUGUGAGUAGCUUCCAUGCUCUAACUAGUUGAGAUAGAUCACAGAACAGAUUCUAAAAAGGAAUUAUUAAAAAAGUGGGUAAAUAUUUAAAUUAUAUUUUUGGUACAAUGCUGGUGAUUAUACUUUAAUGUCAUAGUUACAUAAACAUCGUUAUUAUAAUAAUGUUAAGCUUAAAAUCAAUAUGUCCACAAACAUAUAUCCAUAUAAAGCGGGAACAAAACAGGGCAAACUUAUAAUGUUUUUUUUCAUAAUGUUGAUUAUAUAAAAGUGUUUUACUUGAGGAAUAAGUGACUGACUUCAAUGAUGUGGAAAGCUCUGGAUAAUUAUUUGAAAUUUUAUAUAGUCAAUGUUGCUUGCAUUUUUAAAGUAUUUGGCAAUGUGCAAUGAAUCAGGUGCAUUACCCUACAAUAAAUAAUUGUUUUGUUCUUAGUGCAAUAAUUUGCCAUCUAACUGGUCUAAAAAUUAUAAAAUAUUAUAUAAAUUAUCAGUGUGACAAAGAUAAUAAAACAACAUGUCACAUAUUUGGGGAAGUACCCUAAAAAUGCGUGCAGUGGGGUUGCCAACUGCGAGUAAUAAGGCAAGUUACAUUUACGCUACAAGGGUGUAAUUAUGUUCAUUUUCAUAGUAAACUUUAUGUUAUAUACAUUCUACUAGGGAAAGAACGGAAAACUAACUAGCAGUUAGAAAGAUCACCCAUAUGGCCCAAUGUAAUGCGGACCAAAUUGGGUUACAUUAUUUUGGCUUAUAUUUUUCUAGAAUAGUAAAUUAUUCAUGAUGUUCUUAGUUGAAUAAACUAGAACCCAAUAAAGACCAAAGACUAGAAGCAUUAUACAAAUUGUCGCAACUCGCAACAACGAUAAUGAACUAUUAGUGCAAUCGUAAUUGAAGUAAAUAUUAUACCAAAAAUUACAUUUAACCUAGUCAUAAUGAUCUGAUUAUACACAUUAUUUUAUUAGCUUAAUAUUUUUAACUUUAUAAGUUGAUUCGUUUCAAAUUACGAGUAUGAUUAUUUUUUAGCUACUUAGUACUUAUGACUUUUUAUUUUAUAGGAACUAUUUUUUUUUCAUAUACAUUGUGUUUGAAAUUAACAUCGCCAUGUUAAAAUACAACUACUGCGAAGUCAAGCCUACGUAAAAUCUAAUAAAUGUAUAAAAUAUUAUUAUUUAUGACGCAUUCGCAAAAAAAAAAUUAAACUAUUAUUUUAAAGUAAAUAGCUAUGUCAAGAAAUUUUAAUAAAUUAAAAAUAAAAGUUAAAUAUUUUUAUAUUGCACAUUCUUUCUAGUCCUGUAAUUAUAUAAAAUUGAUGUCCUGUUUGUUUAUUGCAGCGCCCAAA